UUAACCGAGACAUGCUGAAGAAACGCUCAUUGAAAAUUACACUUUUCAAGCGUUUCGUGUGUAACAAAAGGGAAACAACUCUUGAAUUACAAAUAUUGACGUGGAAACAAGAAAAAAUUGUAAUAAUGAGUGGUAAAGAUGGGUUAGAUUUUCAUGAUAGUGGGGGUGAUGAUGUUUUGUUUGAUCAAAGUGGAGGACAUACAAUAACAUUCACAAAUUUCCCGGAUUCUGCUGUAGAUGAUGAAGAUUCCGGCGAUAAAUCUCAGUUACUGAAGGAAGAUGGAGAUAAAAGAGCACCUUCAUUCUGGACAUUUGAGUACUACCAGCAGUUCUUUGAUGUAGAAACCACACAAGUGUUCAACAGAGUUGCAGGUUCUAUGAUGCCACUACCCAAAAGGAACUACUUGCAGGCCAACAUUCGACCUAAUCCUGAUCUAUACGGCCCAUUUUGGAUUUGUACAACAUUAGUGUUCACAACUGCUAUAGCAGGAAAUCUUGCCAACUACCUGUCUUCAGCUGGCAAGGAUUACCAUUGGAGAUAUGAUUUUCAUAAAGUAACUUUUGCGGCAACAGCAAUCUUCAGCUAUUGGUGGCUUAUACCGGCAACAAUGUAUGGGUUUUUAUGGUGGAGAAAAUCACAGGCUGGCUUUACAUUCCUAGAGAUAUUGUGUGUCUAUGGUUAUUCUUUAGCCAUAUAUAUACCAAUCUCUAUAUUGUGGGUUAUAAAUGUCACUUGGUUAAAGUGGGUUCUGGUUGUUGUUGGUGCGGUAUUGUCCGGUGGUGUACUUGUCAUAACAUUCUGGCCCGCAGUGAAAGAGGAGACGAAAAAUGUGGCUGCUGUGUUCCUAGGUCUUGUUUUCUUGUUGCAUCUUGCCCUUGCUGCAGGUUUUGUUCUAUAUUUCUUCCACGUUCCUCCACCAAUAACUUCAGUGACUACACCAGCUCCAGCCACUUCACCAAAACCACCACUCAUUCCUGAAAAACUUAAAGCCAGUGUUCCAGCCAUGAUUAGUCAAAAAGCAGGUGCUCCAAAACUUGACACACAAAAUAACGGCAAUUUACUAAAUCACAAUCCUAAUGUUGGUCAAAAUGUUCAACAGAAUAAUAAUAUUGAUAAGGGUAAUAUAGCUGCUGGAAAUGUUAAUCAGGUAGGACAACAGGUAGGACAACAGGCUGUGAAUGUUGCCUCAAACACUGGCAAUAAAAGUGGUAUUGGUGGACAAAAUAAUGCUGAAGGUGUUCAAAAGAUUGCCAGUGAUGAUAAAGUUAGAACAAAAUUAGAUGCAGACAAUGUUAAAACUAAUCUAGAAAGAAACAUUGAGAAAAGAGAUGGUAGACACAAAAUAUCUAAAAAGAUAUAGACUGUUAAAAAAGGGUAGAAGGAGAGACAGGUGGCAUAGGAAAUUUAAUCAUCUAAAUUUGAUCUAACAUCCAUAUUUAAUGCACGCAGGAGACUAAGUCUUAUAUAAUGCUUCAAUCAGUCCAUUUAACAAAUCAUAAUUAAGAGAGUACCUUUCGAAUUUGGUUGGACUGCGAGAAUUAAAUGUAUGCCUAGGUCAGGGACCAAAUGUGGUUUAUUGUUGGUGAAUUUAACUAUGUAGGGUGGAAAGUAACACAUUUUUAUGUCAGUAGAGUAGAUUAUUAUGAUUAUUGUUCCCAGUCAGUCAGAUAUAGACUAUGUAAGACAGAAUAAGUACACACAUGAGUACAAGGAAGUCCAUAAAGUUACCUUCUCAUACACACCUGUUAAUUUAUUGACAGUAGUUGGUACUAAUUCAGAAUUGUUUGACUGGUCACAUGCUUUUGUUUUGUAUUUUCGUUUAUAAAGUUUUGAUUAUUGAUUUUUUUUCUUCAACCAUCUCUCUCUUAGAUAAUAUAUGUAGUUUUUGUUAAGUAAACAAUUCUUUUACUCUUAAUUAAAAAGAACAAAUAAAAUCCUGAUGUCCUCAGAUGUCAAAGGAAAUAAUAUUUGUUUGUUGCUGAUUUAUUUAGGGGUAAUUUUUCUGACAAAAAACUAUUUCCAGAAAAACUUAUACAGAGAAAUAAAACAAUUGACUUAUCAACCUGGCAACAUAAUUUCUCUGACAUGCUUGUAAACAUGGUGGGAUUUUUUGCUGAGAUAAUGGAUUUUUCUUCUUCUUUUUUAUGCAAUUAUACUGAGUCAUUUUUGUUUUAUAGUGUAAAAUACAAUACUUGGUAAUCUUUUACACUAUUCUGUAUAAGAAGUCAUAUUAGCAUACUAAGAUACGGUUAUUAUUUAAUAUGGUAAUUAUUUUAGCAACACUUUUGAUAAAAGUUGUUAUUUCUGAAUGGACUACCUAGACUUGGUGUUAAAAUGAAGUUACUGCAUUGGUAAUAUAAUUAUGCUGAAAUCCUUCUUUAAAAUGAGUUAUACAUUUUGCUGUGAUACUUAAAUAUAUAUUAUGCAUAUAUGAACAGUAUUUAUUGAAUAGACAAUCUCUACAUGUAGAAUCAUUCUGAAAAUGUGACAACAAUCUGUCUUUACUGAAAAAAAAUACAGUUCAUUAAAUUCAUGAUUAAUAAAUAAUAUGAUAAAAAGAUGCUCAUUCUUGUGAAUUUUGACAGAUUAUAAAGUGUGUUGUUAUGUUUAUAACAAAUAGUUUUGUGAGACACAAUAAAAAUAUCAUCUUGAGAAAAAUACUGAUACCUAAGGCAUUAGCCGAGGAUAAAAGUAUUUUAAGAGGGAUGAUAUUGUUUCUGUUGAAAACCUAUGUGUUAUUGAUUUUAUUACCUCUAACAAAUACUUCAUUUGGACACUGUUUCUAAAGGUUUUAUUUUUCAGAUUUUCAUUGCGAAAAAGUACUGUUACUUAUGUAACAGUACAAAAUUUUAAGUCACAUGAUACACUUAAAUUAACAGUAAGAAUAACUCCCAAUGGCCUAUGGGAAAUUAACAUUACAGAAAUAGUGAGGGGAAAUAGAUUUAAAUAUUGCACAGUUGGAAGGUAGAAAUAUUGACAUACUGUUAUUACUUCAGAUAUGAUGACAGUAAUUUGAAUAAUGAUAUGAUAAUAAACUCCCAACUGCAAAUAGUUCACUUUAUUUUCAUUGUCUUGUCUUAAUAGCUUAUUAUGUGUACACUUGUAUUCUUUCAUUACAUGUUCUGUUGGUUGUUAUGUUUGGUAUUCAAAUUAUUGUAAAAAAUGUUACUGUCAUGUUUAUAUAUGCAUAAUAUAUGUUUAAUAAUAUUUAGAAAGUUUGAUAAUAUUUGAUAAAAAUUUGUUUACUUAAUUUCAAUUAUCACUUUAGUUUCAUCUGAACUUACUAAUUAUGUCUAUAUAAAGUUAUGUUAUAAUGCAUAUAUUAAAUUCUAAUCAACUACUUGUAUAAACAGUUAGUAAAGAGUACAUGUUUUAAUAUUUUUGGAUAGCAAAACAUUGAUAAUUUUUACACUUUUUGGAAUGCAAAGCUUUCUAAAGGAACAUUAUUUGUAUUAGAAUGUUAGCUUUCAUUUCUGAAAAUUAUUGGACUGAAGUGUCUUACCAAGAUAAUGGGCUGCAUGUAAAUAAUGUGAAGUAGGCUACUGGCAUGUAUAUUUAAAUUUUUACAAAUUUUAAAAUUAUAGGCAUUUAUACAUGUAUAUUAAAAGUUCAGUUUCAAAUGAUUACAUUUGGGUUAAUUUAUAGGUACAUGCAACCAAGUUUUAAGUGUAUAAAAUAGACACUUAUUUAGUUUGAGGUAAGUGGUUAAGGCUCACAGCUGACUUUACACCACUUUUUCCACACUACCCUGGGUUUGAAUCUUAGUAAGGAUAUCUUGUAUAUGAGGAAACCACCUAGCUAGCUUACAGAAAGGCAGAGGUUCUACUCAGGUGCCCACUUGUAUCUGAAAUAAUGCAACAGUGGAGCACCCGAGGUCUUCCUUUAUAAACAAAGCUGGAAUGUCACCAUGCUACCUUUACAGUGUUAGUCUAACUUAAAUCCCAAUCAGAAAAAAACUUACCUCUAGUAUGUUCAAGUGAAAGUAAGUAAUAGCCUAAUAGGACUAAUAAUAAUAGGACUUAAACUUUUUUCUUGUGAAAUUUGGUGGAAUGCCAUAAUGUUGCUGAAUCCUUAAGAGGUUGACAGUACUAAAAUGAACAAUAAAGUAUAACAAGCUCUUUUGUCUAAAACUUAGAUGAGGCAACGUAUAUAAUAAAUUUGGUCUUAUUUAUUUUGAAGUAAUCUUGGUUGGUACUGAUAAGUUUUUCAUGAGUUCUCUGUCCUGGAAUAGGGGAACAAUAUAUUUCACAUGUUAGGUUUAUUGAAAUACUUAUAUGUAAAUGUUUUAUUUAUUGCUUUUAUUUAUAUUUGAUAUUAUAUUUAUGAUUUUGUGAUUUGUACUGUUUUGUUCUUUCUUGAUUGUAAAUAAAAAAUGUGGGA